AGUAAGUUGAGCCAAAGGGUAAGUUGAGCCACCCCCUGUUUCUUGGAAAUGGUAAAAAAAAAAUAUUUAGGAGAUGGGCAUCAAUUCAUGGAGUCUGUGAAGGUUAGAAGCACGUGGGUAAAGGGGUUAGACAUUUAUAAAAAAAAAAAUAAUAAAUAAAAAAAACAUUUUUCACUCUUGAAAGUGAAUUUAGUCUGUCAUAAGUUUUAUUAGAAUUGUGUUCAGACCAAAAAAGAUCAUUUUGAAUAUGUUUUAUACAUCAAUUGUGGUAUCUAUGAGCUACAACAUGAGGUCAAAAACCUAGCAUAAAAGUCCACCAUUUUAGCUCAGAGGACUAAUAAAGUCAUAAUAGUAGUUUAGGGGUAAAAGUAAAAAAGUAUGAUGAGAGGAUCAGAGUUCCAGUUCAGACCCUUAAAAUUUUUGACUUUUUCUUUUGAAGAAUACAGCUGUGAAUGUUCUGAAUCACUUAAAGGCAUUCUCAUGUUAAAAUGUAUUUGUUUUACAAAACAGCUUUUUAGCAGUUAUAUGCAGUGAUAAUAAAAAUAAUAUUUGUACCAGUUGAAUACAAUAUAAUAGAUAAAAUACACAUGAAUGUGAAGAAGUGAAGAAGAACUUACCCCAUACACGGGGGUAAUUGAUCAUAGGAGACCACUUUUUUGGGAUGCUUUUUUAUCAAGACAGUCAUGUUUACACUCAUUCUGUUGGUUUGCAGGGAUGCACAACAUCUUGAAAUAUAUGCAGAUACACUAGUGAGAGACAAAACUAUGAUUGCCUUGAUGUUGUGAUCCGAAAUAUGACAAAUGGCUCAUCUCUCACUCUCCCCUACAGAUUUCAGCAUCAACUGUAUUUGAGUGGCCGUGUCGUACUCCGGCCAGGUGGGGGCAGUAGAGCACCAUAAAUGUAUUCACCGACGGCGCGCCACAGACAGAAACAAGCGUGCAAAACUGCGCUCAUUCCUCCUUCUCGUGUGCUUGAAGACACGCACUCUGUGAAAGGUGGAACUAACUUUUAUCAUCCAGAGAAGAGUUAGAGAACAGCGGGGAGAUAUUUCUGGUCAAAAGGGUCGCGAAGAACCAUAACCAUGUCUGCCUCAUCGGCGAAAGUCAGCAGGAAGGAGAAUUCAAAUCACGACGGAGCGGACGAGACCUCCGGUAAGAAUGGCGGUUAUCCUGAGCAACGCCAUUUUCAUUUGUUUAUCGUCAGUAUGUUGUCUGAAGCGGAGUUUGUUCAGUCAAAAUAACCAUCAAAUUACACGGAGACGCCUAAAUUAGUUUUUCCCUGCUUUCAAACGCUGAAAUUAAACGCUGUUGUGCGCGACUGUUUUAGCAUGCUAACAGGCUAACAGCGUGAGAGGUGGGCUAGCCGUUAGCUUAUUUAGCUCUCAGUUCACAUGAAGGAGAAACGCUAUUUACAUUACAUAAGCUGCACAUAGCGUGGUACUAUGCAGCUGGCAGUUUUAUAAAGUUUGUUUUGAGGCUGUGGAGGUGGUAUCGCGCGUAGCUGUGCGCCUCCUCCUGCAGAGCUUUACAUUGUUUGCACACAUAAUUAGCAUGUGCAUCCAUCCCCGAACCCUGAACCCUCUCAGUCUAAAGAGGCCGAGCACGGAUAACACGAGCCGAGCAGAUCACUUUAACAAUGACGGGGGAGUUUCUGCGCGCAAAAGAUGGCCCCGCAGACUGUAAACACGCACUUUUAACUCCUUUAAUUGCGGUAAUAAUGUUUAAAUUUCGUUUAUAUGAUGUGUUGAAAGAGCUUGAUUAGGCUUUUAAAUGGCUCGCUGUUAGUAAUGGUCAGUGUGUAACAGGCAGCAGGUCCCAGACAAAAAACGGCGUUCAGCCUCUCAUUCAAACCAGGCCGCCUUGAGCUGCAACAGGAAGCACCAAACUGCAGGAGGCAGAGGGUCUGAGUGCCGUGAAGACACACACUCACAUACACUUACGCACACUAACCAAAACACGCUACUGCUGGCGUCCCGCGUUAUUUAACUCCGUGCAUGCUGCAGCGGAGAAGUCUCCUGUGAGGAUCAGCCCAAUGUGAUUCACAUAUUAAUUAUUUUAAUAGUCAAACCCAAGUGAUUGUUAAUGUUUUGCAUGAAAAUAGACUGCUGCAGCACCCUAAAUAACGCCCAUACAUUACAUCCUUUAUUAAAUAUGUGUAUUAAAAAGCAUCCAAAGUACAUUUGUAAAACUUCCUGGGGUAUAUUUAAUAGGGCCCGACAGAUAUGGAUUUUUUGGGGCCGAUGCCGUUUUUUUUUACGACGAGUUUUGGCCGAUUACCGAUUAGUCUCAAACAGGCAAAAAUUGACUGAUUUAAUCGGCUCGCCGAUAAAUCGGUCGGGCCCUUAUAUCUAACCAAACUACAAUGUUAACCAAAGUGGUGCGCUGUAGAAAAGGUUGACAUUAAAACAGUGAAACACAGGCUUAACCCCAUUAAAAAUUGUCCUGUUGUUAAUAGCCACACUAACGUUUAAUAUUAAACAAAUAAACUUAAAUGUAAAAACUUGAGUGAUUUUUUUUUUUUUUUGAUUAGAUGUAGACAAACACAGUGACAUAUUAAACAAAUGACUUUGGGGUCUUUGUCUAGCUGUCAAAAAUUAUUGAGAAAAUAAAAUACAAAGUUAAUAGUUAAGUCAAAAAAGAAGACAAAAGAAAGUUUCGUUUAAAUCUAAGUUUUGGUCAUUGACAGAAUUUAUUUAUUUUUAUCAUUUAUAAACGAUGUUGUUGUCCAUGUGAUAUGAUGAUUAUGAUGAAAUAUGAAUAAUUCCAUCCCUACUCAUUUAUCACAAACUUAAAUGGGACACAUCAUAAUUCAUUAAAAUUCUGAGAACAGAAUUAAGACAUGAAAGUUAUUUUUAAGACAAGAAGAAUGAUAAAAUGGACUGAUACGGUUGUCCUGAAAAUUUUGUCUAUUUAACUCACCCUGUUAAAGUUGGCAUUGGCUGGUCCUAAUUUUUUUUUUUUUUUUUUAAAUAAAAGUUUCUAGAUAAUUUCUAUUUAUUAUAAGAUUAGUGGAUUAAUCUUAUAGUGCCACCAUGAGGAGUUGUUAAGUACUGAUACAGUGAAUAAAAAGGAAAUGAUAGUGCUAAAUUUUGAUAUUCUAAUAUAUAAACAAUUCCUUCUCUCUAAUAUGCCACUCAAGAAAGGAUGAGGUUAGACUGCAGUAUCAAUAUUUCUGCUCCCUUUAUAAUUCUGGCCUUUAAUAGUGUUUUUAUUUGAGAGAUACUGUAUUUUAUUUUAUGUAUUUUACACAUUUAUUUACCUCUCAUCAAAAAUCUGUUUACUUUUAGAAAAAGAGCAACAGGAAGCAAUCGAACACAUUGAUGAAGUACAGAAUGAAAUCGACAGGUGAGUUUGAACGUUGUGGGUGAGUCUUGAAAUUGUCUGUCUGUCAACAUUGUUUUUUCUGACUUAUUUUGGGUUUUACUUUCAGACUGAAUGAACAAGCAAGUGAAGAAAUUUUAAAAGUAGAGCAGAAGUACAACAAAUUACGCCAGCCGUUCUUUCAGAAGAGAUCAGAACUCAUCGCCAAAAUCCCCAACUUCUGGGUCACAACAUUCGUCAACCAUCCACAAGGUAAACUCUUGUUCAUUACUUUGUCGUCUGUCUGUGUGAUCAACCCAAACAUUUUUUUGACCUCCUUUACAAUUUCUCUGCCCUGUAGUUUCAGCACUUCUGGGGGAGGAGGAUGAGGAGGCACUUCAUUACUUGUCGAGGGUGGAGGUCACUGAGUUCGAGGACAUCAAGUCUGGCUACAGAAUAGAUUUUGUAAGUAUUAGUUUUCCAAGUCUGUAUUCGUAAAAACGAAGUCCCUCUUUUAUUUAUUUAUUUAUUUUCUCUGACACAGCUGUCUUCUUUUUGUCAUUUUCGCUUUGUGUUUUAGUAUUUCGACGAGAACCCAUAUUUCGAGAACAAAGCCCUCUCCAAAGAGUUUAACGUAAACGAGAGUGGAGACCCCGUGUCCAAAUCUUCUGAAAUCAAAUGGAAAGCUGGAAAGGUUGGUUGCAUUUUUUUAUGUUGGUUCCAAAUCAUUUUUUUCCUCCUCAACAAGCACUUAAUAGCUGGACUUUUUUUUUUUAUUUGAUUCAAUUUUUGCUCUUUGCAAUGCAUGUUUGAAAGACCUUUCUAACCUUCAUGUCCGCAGGACCUGACAAAGCGCACAGGCCAGACGCCGAACAAAGCAGGGAAGAAACGGCAGCACGAGGAACCAGAGAGCUUCUUCACCUGGUUCACCGAUCACUCAGAUGCAGGGGCUGACGAGCUGGGGGAAGUCAUCAAGGACGACAUCUGGCCCAAUCCGCUGCAGUACUACCUGGUAAACUCUUUAUCUGUUUGCCUUUUUAAUACCAAUAAGGAUGUUAAAAACAUUCAUCAAAGUCAUAGUUUGUGACCAAGUUUGUGAACCUGAGGGGGAUUUUUGGUUACAGGCUGUAAGAUUUUACCAAGAUGGGGGUCAUUUGUUUACAGACUAAAAUAAGAGUUUAUUUGAAGAUUAUUUUCUUUCAAGCUACUGACAUCAAUUCACAAGUACAGAAGAAAAUAGGGGAAAACUGGAAGAACUUCUGGCAACAGUUUUCCUGAAUGCAGUGAUUAAGAUCAUUUGAAGUGUUGAAAACCAUCAUGUUAGCAGGACCAGAUUAACUGGAAAACAGACCACGAGGAAAGGCUAUGUACACACACGCACACUUCAGAAGUUCAAUAAGUCCAACUUUUUUAUGAAUGAGUACAGAGAACAAAGAUUAGAGGGUCUUGAGAAACAUUUGAAAGAAAACAGGCAAGGCAAAACCCGAAUGUGAAGCUUGUUUGAGAAAGUGCUCACCCUGCAGGAUUAGGCGGCAUGUUCUACCUCCCCCUCGUCCUCUUCUCUUGGAAGAGAGAAAAGAAAACAAAGGAAGGAAAGGAGACAUAAAGGAGGGAAGUGGCAGAGCCAGGGUGAGGGGUUUGUGAACUUUGUAGGUCUUGUUGGGUCUAGACGAGAAUUGCCGAAUUUAAAGACAGAAGAGUCUAAAUCACAUAAAAAGGAUGUGAACAAUGACCCAUUUGCAAGAAUUCAUGCCAGUAGUUUGCAAUAUGACUUUGCAAUAAAACUUCACUGAAGAUCACACCUGUGUUUUUGUUCUUUAACAGAGUGGUAAGUACUAUAUGACCAGGAACAUAAUGAACAUUUGCUGCAGGCGGGGCUGUGAAUUCAGUUUUUUUUACCUACUCUUUACCAGCUUUAAAAGAUUUUUUAAAAAGGAGACCACUCCUGUUUUUCCCUCAAAUCAGCAUCCCUCCCUACCUAAUUAUAAAAGCAAGCAACCAAGUCCAUGAAAACCUACUUGAUGGGUAUAAGUGCCCCAAGGGAUGUCUUCUGUUUCUGUGUAGGGGAGUCCACCCUCUGUGGUGAGUUAGCUGCUCUGUUUGAGUCUCUGUGUAACUUAAGCCUCUGUCCUGAGAGGUGCUAACUGAGCUCUCUCACACACAAAUAUUCUGCAUCAGUGCUAAGAGAGUUCUCCCAUCACCGCGCCUUUUUACUUCCAGCACCCUGAGAAAGCACAACAUUGGUGUCCCAGUGCAGGACUACACAUCGCAUUAUGUUAUUGUAGAGUUCGAGAGUGAUGGCUUUCGUUAAGGCACACUGAGAGCUCUGAACACACACUUAGAUAUGCACACACACACACAGAGCUGUCCCGCCCUGCCUGCUCCAAUACGUCAGAUUCAUCUUCCCCAUGUUUUGCCUUUGUUACUUCUUCUGAGGAAGGAUCAGAGUAGAAACAACUACAGCCCAUUAUUACACCCCUGUGAAAUGUCAGUAUGAAAGCGCCCAGAGUUUGUCCAAAGUCAGCCAUGAUGGGAGUGUUGUUUUUGGCUCCAGGGUCAUUACUAACCUUUGAAUCUUUCGUUGUCACCCACAGAAAAUGUCCAUAGGUGCUUGUUGAUCUUUUGCUCUGUUGCAGAAAAUUGAGGCUGUAAACACUUCUUACGGAGUUUAAUGGUCUGCCUGGAUUUUUUUUCCUUGUAUUAUUUUGAAUCUUCUCGGGGCGAGAAUUAGCCAAGUAGCCUGUCUCAUAAUUCGACAUUUAGGUCACUGACAUCCUCAGUAUCUGCAUGUUUAUUCGUUCAUCACUUCUCCUUUAUAAUUUUUCUGACACAGGGAGACCCGAAACGAUUCCUCACAUCAGAUUUAAAGGCCACCAGAUCAUCCAGUUUAAAAAUUGCUGUUGUUCACUUUCUAACCUCUGUGACUCUCCCUCAGGUCCCCGACAUGGAGGAUGAUGAAGGAGAUGGUGAUGAUGACGAUGAGGAAGAAGAGGGUCUGGAAGAUAUCGACGAGGGAGAAGAGGAGGAAGGUGAAGACGAAGACGAGGAUGGAGACGGGGAAGAUGGAGAGGUGAGGAUACUCAGAAGUGGAAUAACAGCACCAGAAAGUAAUUCAACAACCAGCCUAAUAUUUGUUUCCUUUUGAACCCUCAGGAUGACGGCGAAGAUGAUUAAACUUCUCAGCUAACACCUUUCCCCCGUCCUUCCUCUGUGAUCAUCCCACAAACCUCGGGAGCAAAAUAUUUUGUUUGUUUAUUUUUUGGGGAGGGGAGGGGUGGGAUUUGUAUAAAAAGUUUCCUGUGUGUCGUCAGCAUGUCCAUCCUCUUCCUCUGCAGCUACGGCGUACCGGCGUUGGGUGUGUCUGGGUUGCAGCGGGGCGGGGUUGGCCCUCAGAGUCUCACUUGUCAUUGUUUCCCUACAUCUCCCAAAGACUUGCAAAAGAAUAAAAAAAAAUUUGUAGCAUUCUGCACGUCAUACCUACGUAGAUUUAAAAUACGUACAAUAGCAAUUUCUAUGUAAAAUAUGGGUUCUGUUGAAGUUGUGAGUUCAAUAAAAAUAAGCCAUGGUGCAGUGAUAACUUAAUCAUAGCAUCCUUAGCCACUUUUAUAUAUAUAAAUGUAUAUUAUAAUAUAUCCAGUGGUGGGGGGACUGAGGCUUAUUAUUAGAAGUUGCAUUUUCCUCUGUGACUUAAUUGUACUAAUGGAACUGAUCGAAAGCACCAGCUCGUUCCUUUCAACCAUUGUAAAUGUUUUGGGGUUUUCAUGUAUCAUGGUCAGACAGGUGUUUAUUGUACACAGUUUAACAGGGAGGGGGAGGGGAGGUGCGGUGGGGGCAGCUGGGCUUUGACAACAACUCUGGACGUCUGUUUGAGAAUCUUUUUGUUUUUCAGGCACCCACAAGAAACGUUUGAAUUGUACAUUUUUUUAUAUAAACAACCUAAAAAUUUUGAGCUUGGCUUAACAUUUUGAAGAUGGGAGAUGAAAAGGUUUCUGUGGAGUCCUCUCUGUGGAGUCUGCAGCUUUUCUCCUGUUCUGCGGGAAACCUGUUCACAGUAAAUUAAGUGUACCAGUUGCUUUGUUACAAUAAAUAAAUGUAUACAUGAUGCUUGGAGUAGUUUGAUCAAA